AUGACUAGAAAUUAUCCACAUAUCCUCGAGCAUGGUAAUCUAGACUCCAUGUUACUUGCUUCCAUCACCACCCGCUACCAGCAAAGCAAACUAUCCAGACAGUGGAAUUGCGAGCCCUGCAGCCAUAUACCCGGGGGAGUGUUUGGUCUCCAUGCAUUCAGCCUCAUCAAAAAAGCCCAGCGGGAGGGCCAGGUGGCACACACCCUCCGCGAGUAUCACCUGCGCUACGGGAAUACCAUCAAUUCCAACGUUCUUGGCCGGAAUUUGAUCUUCACCGUGGACUCGGAGAAUAUACAGGCCAUGCUGAGCAACCACUUCUCGAGCUUCGGUCUCUCCACACAUCGGUAUGCUCAGUAUUCGCCCUUUCUGGGUGAAGGCAUCUUUACCUCUGACGGGCAAGCCUGGGAGCAGACCCGUAAGCUGCUCCGGCCGCAAUUUGCAAAGGACGCCAUGCCGUCCCUGCAGUGGUUUGAUUAUCACUUUCAGCAUCUGAUGCAGAACUUUGCAUCUGAUGGCCAGCCGUUUGAUAUCCAGGAGAUCUUUUUCCGUCUCUCUCUGGACACUGCUACGGGGUUUCUUUUCGGAGAGUCCGUCGAGUCUCUUGUUUCGGCGUCGCAGAACAGAACGGGCAUCCCGGAGAAUUCCGUGCGAGGAAAGUCACCGGGUUUCGCCGAGGCUUUUGACCACGCCCAGCACAUCUGCUUCCAGCGCAGUGCCAUGUUGGAGUUCUAUCCGCUCAUCAACCCAAGUAGCUUCCGGACGGCCACUGCGGUCGUGCAUCGGUUCAUCAAUUACUACGUGAACAAGGCACUGCAAUGUGGGAAAGAAAAGGACAUCGAAAAAGACCCCGACGGGCGAUACCACUUCCUCUGUGCGCUUGCCGGCCACACGGACGAUCCGAAGGUGCUGAGAGAUCGGCUGGUGAAUGUGCUGCUUGCCAGUCGCGACGAUGUUGGCAGCCUGCUCAGUUCCAUCUUCUAUCCGCUGGCUCGCGACCAGGUCGCCUGGCAGAAGCUCAAGGACGAGGUGACUGCCGCAGUCAGCGGUGCUGCAUUACGGCUCUUCCCCCCUGUCCCCUUGAACGCUCGCUUCCCCCUUCACGACACCACACUUCCAGUCGGAGGCGGUCCCGACGACCAAUCCCCGGUCUUUGUUCGCAAAGGCCAAGUCGUGGGCUACUCAGUCUGGUCUCUCCACCGACGCCCUGAUCUCUGGGGCCCAGACGCAGAGAGCUUCCGGCCGGAGAGGUGGCAGGGACGCAAGCAGACAGUCGCGGACUUUCUUCCCUUUAAUUCCGGGCCACGCGUCUGUCCAGGCCAGCAAUUUGCCGUGGUUCAAGUCAGCCACAUGAUAUUCCGGGCAGUGCAACAUUUGGAUCGCGUCGAGAAUGCCGACCUAGGACCCGACCUGGGAAUGCAUCCUCGCAUGCGCCAGACUCUGACCAUGUCUCAUGAGAACGGGGUGUGUGUGCGUGUGUAUCGAUCAAGUGCUUAGGUACCUAUGGUCUUUGUUUAUC